AUGACUCACAAACUAAAUUAUCACCAUCAGGAUAAGGAAUUCACAGAAAGUGGUUCACAUAUCAAUCAUAUACAACCACACAAUGUAGAAUUAGAUAACUUAUUUGAUCUAGAUGCAGAUCUUGAUUUUGAGACAGCUUAUCAAUUGUUUAGUAAUUUUGAUAAUCUACAAGAAAAAAAUAUAGAUGUAUUUAACAAUGAACAACAUAUUACAUCACCGCAAUACCAUAACCCUACUGAUAAUAUCUUUAGAGGUACCACCCAUAGAUUACUUUCAGACCCAAUGCAUCCGAAUCGUGUUCCAGCACAAUUUAAUGAACCUGAAACAAUGACAAAUUAUGAUCAUCCUGUAAAUAACGAACCAUUACAUGAAGAAAAGAUUCAUAAUGAAGUACCACAUAUUGAUACAACACCACACAUGGCGGCAGGUGCACUUGUGUUGCAACAUCAACCAAAUAAUCAUAAUAUUCUAAGCCCGUCCCCUAUACCUUCUCCACAAUUCUUCAAUCAUAACCCACAUCAACAUCCACCAAUAAAUCAAAAUAUACCGAGUCUCCGAAACAAUAACCAUUCUACAACAGAUUCACAUGUCAAGCAUCAGUUUUACCCACAGUUACAACCACAAAGUACGGAAGAAUUACUCCAACAAAUUAAUGACACACAUAUUCAAAGAGCAAACGACACACUAUUAAGUACAUUUGAAUCAACAGCUAUUGAGAAUUUUUUAGAUUCUUUAGUUACCAAUCAAAAAAAUAUUAUUCAAGAACAAGCUACAAUAAAAUCACCAAAUGUGAAAAAUGAACUUCAACAGAAUAUCGUAGACACUCCUUUACAAGAUGUUUCUCGAACAGAACCAUCAAAGGUUAAAGAAGAAGAGAUUACAAAACCAUCAUAUCAGGAAGAAUACGCCUCCGAUGAGGAUACAUCUUAUUUACUUACACCUAAUGAUUAUAUACCACCUCCAUUAGAGAUCCCUGAAAUUACCAUAUUGCAUGCAGAGAUACCACCAAAUCUCAUAGGUGAUGAGAAGAAGAUUAAAAAAUGGAAACAUGUUCAAGUAGAGAAGGCACGACGUGAUUUCACAAAACGUUCAUUUGAUAAUCUAACAGAAAUGUUAAGUAAAGAUGUCGAAAGUAAUACUAAGAGAAUUCCCAAAUAUUUAUUACUUAAUGGUAUUGUGGAUGACAUUAAAAGUUUGCUUAAAGCAAAUCAUCAAUUGGAGAAAAUGUUAUAUGAUGAGAAAUAA